AUAAGAACCAGUUAUUAGCCAGCUCCAUGUGCAGUCUGGUGUCCGCAGCCUCGUUUCUGUGAACCAUGUGACGUGUGUUUACAUCCUUUCAGCUGUUCCUCAAGAAAAACAGCGCUGGGUCUUCAACGCUACGAAAAUCUAUACAUCUCACAACAACAACAGUGCGCUCAAAAACACAAGUCUGAUGUGCAUCCAGUGUGUUUAGCUCAUGCAAACCCCGAGACUGAUUCAUGGCUUUACUAAGAUCUUGCUGUAGCUGAGAAUGGUCUGAGGUGAUUUGUGUGGGACACAGGCGUCACGACUGGGCAUCCCUGCGGAGAAUCGCUCCAGCACUUUCAUCUGGAUCUGUGAGGGGAUCAUGGGGGGAGCAGUCAGCGCUGGCGAGGACAACGAUGAUUUGAUAGACAACCUGAAGGAAGCACAGUACAUCCGCACAGACCGCGUGGAGCAGGCCUUUAGGGCCAUAGACCGUGGAGAUUAUUACCUGGACCGCUACAGAGACAAUGCCUACAAGGAUCUGGCAUGGAAGCACGGGAAUAUACACCUGUCAGCGCCGUGUAUCUACUCUGAGGUGAUGGAAGCCCUGAAACUCCAGCAGGGUUUGUCUUUCCUGAACCUCGGCAGCGGCACGGGAUACCUGAGCACCAUGGUGGGCCUGAUCAUAGGUCCGUUUGGAGUCAAUCAUGGUGUUGAGCUACACAAGGAUGUGGUGGAAUAUGCAAAAGAAAGACUUGAUGAAUUCAUUAAAAACAGCGACAGCUUCGACAGGUUUGAGUUCUGCGAACCACACUUUGUGGUGGGGAAUUGUCUGGAGAUUUCCUCAGACAGUCACCAGUACGACCGCAUCUACUGCGGCGCUGGAGUUCAGAAGGACCACGAGAACUACAUGAAGAUCCUGCUGAAAGUCGGAGGAAUUUUGGUCAUGCCGAUAGAAGAUCAGCUGACUCAGAUCACUAGAACCGGUCAGAGCUCCUGGGAGAGUAAGAAUAUCCUGGCCGUGUCAUUUGCUCCUCUUGUUCAGCAGAGCAGGACAGAAGGCUGCAAGCCUGAAGCUGUGGUGCUCCCGCUGCUGUCUGUGAGGACUCUUCAAGACCUGGCACGAAUCUACAUCCGCCGGACCCUCCGAAACCUGACCAACGAGGAGCACCCGGCCCACACGAACACGCAGCGAGCGCCGCAGAAACGCAAACGCAGGCGCUGCCGCCGCCGCAUCAACACCUACGUGUUCGUGGGGAACCAGCUGAUUCCUCAACCCAUGGACAGCGAGGAGGACGAAUGCAUCGAGGAGGAGAGCAAAGAGGAGGAGCAGGAGAAAGACAUUGAGCCCGUCAAAUCCGAGGAGCCGCGGGUCAAUCAUCUGAGAGACAAAAUCCUGAGUCUGCCGCUGCCCGAGUCGCUGAAGGCGUACCUACUGUUCUACCGCGAGAAAUAACACGCCGCGUUGAAGCAUUAUUCAACGGUGGUUGUUUCCUUCUCAGACUACUUCUGACCCUUGGUUUUUUUUUUUUGAUAAUGUAGCAUAAUUUUAUGAUUUAAAGCGGUGUUUGCGAGAGACGCUGGAUUUGAUUGUGCUUGCUGUGUUUGUUCUAAUGACUCAUAAUGUUGUAAUAUUCACAUUUUGAUUGUGAUUUUUCACUUC